CCCUCGAUUUAGUUAAUCUAUUUUUAUGGUUUCAAUGGAAGUAAUCUAUAAUCUUUCAAGAUUUAUGAAAUGUCAAAAUGGUCAAAACGUCAAAACUGUGAGCCAAAAUAUGGCAUUUAUGUCAGUGACAGUUGUUGAGGUUAGAAAAUUUAGGGCUGUAAAUAUUUUCUGGAUUUUAUCAAUAAAAUGGACUAUUUUGAGCAAUAUGAACACGUAAACAUUAAUGAAGUCUGUAGAAUAUGUCUCUGUAAAAAAGAAAAAAUGAAACUGAUUACUGAAAACAAUUUUGGUGAUUUAUUACAAGAAUGUACUUCUGUUAAGAUUUCAGUGGAAGACAGUUUGCAUUCAGUUUGUGUCUACUGUUCGGAUGAAGUAAACAAGUGGUAUGUUUUUAAACAACGUGUCUUAAAGGCAUUUAAGAUUGGAAAAUGGCUUAUUGAACAAAAUUAUAAAAAGUCACAGUUGCUAAAAUUGAAUGAAGAUGUUAACCAUGAAUGUACUGUGGAUAAUAAUACCCCUGUUGAUGAGUAUGAUAUUUUAACAGACAUACCUCAAAAUGUUAUUGUAUCGAGAAGUUUGGAAAAUAAAACAAAACAGUCAAAUUCUGCAGUACAACAAAUACAGAGGGAAAAAAACAAUAGUCAUUUUAUCUGUGAAUUAUGUGGUAAAUAUUUUUUAAAAGAAAACAAUCUAAAAAGGCAUUUAAAAUUCCAUAAUAAUACCAAAAUAUAUGAAUGCCCAAAGUGUGAUAGGAUUUUCAAACAAAUACAAACUUUAAAUGAUCACAUUAGACGCCACUACAAUAGCAGAGACUAUAUGUGUGAAUUGUGUGGAAAAAGAUUCUAUAAACAGUUUAAUGUCAUUGAACAUAUGAGAAUUCACACUGGAGAAAGACCCUUUAAAUGUGAUUUCUGUGAAGGGACGUUUACGAGGUCUUUGCUAUUAAGAAAUCAUAUAAAAAAGGCGCACACAGGUGACCAAAAAUUUAAAUGUCAGAUUUGUGAAAAAUCAUUUGUGGAUUCAUACCAGUUAAAAGUACACACGAGAACCCACACUGGUGAGAAACCCUUUACUUGCACAGAAUGCUCAAUGUCUUUUGCAAUGCCUGGCCAACUCAAGUCUCAUAUUAAAUAUAAACACACAAAACAAAAAGAUUUCAUUUGUAAUAUAUGUGCUCGAGCAUUUACAGCAAAGCACACUUUACAAGAGCACAUUAGAACACAUACUGGUGAAAAAAAAGUACCAAAACAUGAAUGCAAUAUGUGUGGUAAAAAGUGUAUCACAACAUCACAGUUAAAAAUACAUAUAAGGAGUCAACAUACAGGAGAGAGACCAUUUGUGUGUAAAAUAUGUUCUAAAGGUUUUGUAACUAGGACAAGCUUAGAAACACAUUUUAGAACUCACACAGGUGAAAAGAACUAUGUGUGUGAUAACUGUGGGAAAGCAUUUGCUGCAAAGUCAAGUUUAAAAAUACACAAAAGAAUUCAUACAGGGGAAAGGCCAUAUGGGUGCAAUGUCUGUGGGAAAAGCUUUUCUCAGGGAAGUACUUUAAACACACAUUUGAAAAUUCAUGAUACUUGAAGAAGUAAAGUGGCCUUUAACAGUAAAUGGUCAUGAAGUAGGGAAGUCGCUAUAUAUUUAUUUUUUUGGUUUUUCGAUUAACAAAUUUUGAAAUUUUCUUUAGAGGUUAUUAGUUGUAAAUAAAAAAUAUUUACAAUUGAAUAAACUUUGAUUUCUUUCAUUGUUUCUGAUGAAACGAUGCAACCAACAAUACAUCACUAUUUUUUUAAAUUUAGUAGCCUUUACGAUCUAAGUAAUUGUAUCUCUGUUUAACUCGUUGUACCUGGCAUCAUACUUUCUCCUUUAUUCCA